AUGAUGCUGUUAUACACGCAGUGUGAGUUUGACAGGCUACAUGACCGAUCCCAACAAUAUAAGACAGUCAUUAGUGCCGUCAGACGAUCAAGAGACUGGAUCCACACCAAGAAUUAUCAAUACUUAUUAAAUAACAAAGAGGUGUGCAAAAGAGAGACAAAAGGAGACCUGUUUUUGAUAGUUCUGAUCAACUCAAAACCUACCGGGAUUAAGAGACGCCGUCUUAUCAGAAGAACGUGGGGGAGUACAAAAACUGUUAAUGGAACAGAAAUCAGAACGGUUUACAUCAUGGGGCGGAGCAAUGACACAAACACCCAACGGAAACUUCAAGAAGAGCAGGCACAGUAUGGUGACCUGGUACAAAUUGAUUUCCACGACUCUUACGAUAACUUGACAGUGAAAACUGUGAUGGGACUGAGGUGGGCGUCGACAUUUUGUCGCAGAGCAAAAUUUGUAAUGAAAACAGACGACGACAUGUUUGUGAAUUACAUGAAUUUAGUCAAAUACUUGAAGGCGCUCCCACUUCAAAAACAGAAAAUGCUUUAUGUUGGCAACAGUGAACGCGAUCUCACGCCAAUUCGAAAAGGGAAGUUGAAAAAAGCGGCGAAGUGGGAGAUAUCGCUGGAGGAAUAUGCAGGAGACAAGUAUCCUCCAUAUUGUUCUGGGUCAGGAUUUGUUUUGUCAAUGCCAGCAACAAAAACAAUUUACCAAACAUCGAAGACGACGAGAUUCUUUCGUAUGGAGGAUGUUUUUAUCGGUAUAUGUGCAAACAAAAGUGGAGUACCCGCUAGUCAUUACAUAGGGUUCGGUGCCUACUGGUAUGCCUACAGCGACUGUAGAUUUCGAUUUCUCAUCACUGUCCAUCGUCUAUCUGCUUCAGAAAUGACAAAAUAUUGGAGAAGAGUAAAUCACCCGCAUCAUCCGAGGAAAUGUCCAACGAAGGAGUUAUUGAUAGAGUGGUAUGACUACGAUGAUGAAGACAUAUUAAAUGAUGUCAUACAGAGUGAAAACGCUAGCUAUUAUUACGAAUACGUCUUAUAAUAUGCAAAACCAUUCCCCCGUGAUUUGCACUUUCUAAAAGUGCACCUUUCUGUGAGAAGCAGCAACAAGUUUAGAGGCGCGGGAAAGUAUGGUGAAAGAGCAAAUCCGCUGCUCCGGCUCCAGAUCUGACAGCUCAACAUUUAAACUUCGUUGACGUGGAGCGCAUUAAUAUAGAGUGAAUUACUAUGCGUACAGUACUUAUUUGACGUAGGUGCAAAUCACGUUUUUACUUGAUUUUGUUUUAAAAAUGUAUUUAAAACAUUUGAAUCAGAGAGCUAGACAGGAGUCACUGCAGCUCUACUUAAU